CCGUAAAAGGAAACUCGCGUCAUACUUCAAUUCGCCGUGCCUGUCUAGAACCGACUCGGCCAAUCUCACUUCUUGUCUGAUUGCCAGGCGGAGGUCAACCGAACCCGGAAAAAUACAAUCUGCAAGACUGCCUCAGCAACCGCCAGCUUGGUUCUCCGCCAUGGCGAUGCUUGCAUCGAAAACGUUCCCGGCCUCGCUGGGCUCCCAGCCCUCUGGCAUCGUGGCCACCGCACCGCAAUCUGCGUACCAACCUGCGAGGCGAGCCGCGGCAGCCCCAAUGACGACGCAGAAUUACGCCAGCCCGACCGAAUCCGAGUUUGACGACGUCGAUGGGCCCGAUUCAGUGAAGAACUGGGACGAGGACAGGGUGUGCGAGUAUCUGCGGAGCGUCAAGUGCGGCGAGUACGAGAAGGUGUUCCGCAAGAACCACAUCAAUGGCGAGAACCUGCUGGAGAUAGACAAGGAAGUCCUGAAAGAGAUGGGCGUCGAGAAGGUUGGAGACCGGGUGCGCCUAUUCUUAGGUAUCAAGAAGCUGCGGACAAAGACAUACGCUAGCCAGAGGAGGCGGCAUAGGGAUUCGUUUGCUGGCCUUGACGCGCAGUAUGUUCCGUCGUCUUCCUCGCCUCGGCCCCCCGCUGCCCGCACGGUAGCGCAGGCACCGUCAAACAAGCGGUAUUCUCGCCAGUACGAUAUCUCGAAUGCUGCUCACAUCGCCGAUAACUCGAAGCCUUCGUCAAGACCUACUUCGCCGCUCCCGAGCGCCGACUACAAAACCAGCCGUCAGCGGUAUGCGCAACAGCCGUCGUAUGCCGGUCAGCCCACGCCUGCCUCGGCGAGAUUUCCCAUCUCUCCGCCCGAGCAGUCGCAUUCGGGACGGUUGCACACAAGAAAUCAGUCCAGUAUGGAUGGCUCGCUGAUGGCCGCCUUGCCGCCGGGGCAAGACGUUAUCCGCGUAAUUUCUACAGGCGGCCUGACCAAAGUGGUCAAGAUCGCUGAUUGCAACACAAUCGAAGAGGUCAUGCGUGUUACACUCCGGAAGUUCUCUUUGAGGGAAGACCAGGAGAGAAACUACUGCUUCUGGGUUCUGAACGGCGUCGAUCCGGACCCGAACCAGUGCCGUCGCCUGGGUGAUACCGAGCUGUGGAGAGUCAUCAAGGACCACACGCGAUCGGAACGGAACCGCUUGAUCCUCAGGCGCGUGCCCACCGGAGAACCAGGACAAGCAGAGCUCGAGAGAGCUGCGGCCAUUGCUAUGGAGGAAGCGCUACAAAAUCAGCAGCGCGUCAUGGAGAACAUGGACAAACGCAGCCAGCUGAAGGCACAGAAGCUUCUCGGCGAAAACUGGGAGACAAUACAGCCUCCUCUUUCACCUGCCUCCUAUCAGGACCGCGAAAGAUACAAUACCGCCAGAGACCUAGAGCGGCCAGCGGUAAUCGAGACGGCCCGUGCAGUCCCCCGCCGCAAAGGCUUGCUGCGUCAGUUCGGCGGGCUCAGGCCGCCAAGCGAGUUGAUUGCCUCCGAUCUCACCAGCUACUUCCCGGAUCACUCUCGGGAGGCCAUCGAUAGGACAGCACGCAUGUCCAUGAGACGGUCCCAGCGUCUCAGCAGGGUCAAUCAUCGCCUUAGCGUGGCGAGCACAUUGAGCUUCGCUUCGAGCAUCCAAGAUGUGCCGCCGAUCCCAACCAUUGCCGACAGCUGGCUGACCGCUUCCAACCAAAUCGCCAAGGUUCGCCCACGCGAACCGCGGUUCGCCCAAUACCGAGACUCGGUCGCCUCUUCGGUGCUUGAUACGUUGCAGGAGGAGUCAUCGUCGAUCGAGCCCAACCGGAAAUCAUACGUGUCCUUCGCCGACAGUGGUUCGGAUACGGCUGCGCUGAGCAUCACUGAUCCGGACGGCAACGUUGUGCGGCACAGUUACUUUGACGGGAGCACGACCGGCUCUGGCGGCUCUUCAAUACAGGAUGUCAACCAAGCUCUUACCGAGGACGGCGAGGAUGCCGACGAAGAGCUACAGAGCUUCCUCGCUGGCGAGUCUUGGGAUGACAGCAAAUGGAUGAAGGGCGCGCUGAUCGGCCAGGGUUCCUUCGGCAGCGUCUACCUUGCCCUUCACGCCGUCACGGGCGAGCUUCUCGCCGUUAAGCAAGUCGAGACGCCGUCGCCUGGCGCGAACGGCCAGAACGAUUCGCGGAAGAAGAGCAUGAUUGAGGCCCUGAAGCGCGAAAUCAGCCUCCUGCGCGAUCUCCGCCAUCCCAACAUUGUGCAGUACCUCGGCUGCGGCUCCUCGGCCGAGUACCUUAACAUUUUCCUCGAAUACGUCCCCGGUGGCUCGGUGCAGACCAUGUUGAACUCGUACGGCGCGCUUCCAGAGCCGCUCGUCCGCAGCUUUGUCCGUCAGAUCCUCAACGGCCUUUCGUACCUCCAUAACCGCGACAUCAUCCACCGCGACAUCAAGGGCGCCAAUAUUCUGGUCGACAACAAGGGCACAAUCAAAAUCUCGGAUUUCGGCAUCUCCAAGAAGCUAGAAGCCACCAACAUCCUCAACGGCGCAAACAACAACAAGCACCGCCCCUCCCUGCAAGGUUCGGUCUUCUGGAUGGCGCCUGAGGUAGUCAAACAGACCUCCUACACACGGAAAGCGGAUAUCUGGUCGCUCGGCUGUUUGGUGGUCGAGAUGAUGACGGGCCAGCACCCCUUCCCCGACUGCACGCAGCUGCAGGCCAUCUUCAAGAUCGGCGGCGCGAAGGCCACGCCCACGAUUCCCGAGCACGCGAGCGACGAGGCCAAGCAGUUCUUGGCGCAGACGUUCGAGAUCGACCAUAAUAAGCGGCCCAGCGCGGACGACUUGAUGUUGAGUCCUUUCCUGACGCCGCCCGCUUAGCUCAGUGGGCGUCUCGCUUGGA